AUGGGUUUCUUACUAUCCAAUUAUCAACUCACAAUAUGUAUCCUCCUGUAUUCCCUAAUUUUCUGCUUCUCUUCUUCUUCUGCACAUCUUUGCCAUAAUGAGGAGAGCACUGCUUUGCUCCAAUUUAAGCAAUCCUUUUCCUUCAAUUGCUCUGCUUCCGGUUGCUCCAGAACUUCUAGUUCAUUUAAUACUGAUAAUUGGAAAGAGGGUACAGAUUGUUGUGCAUGGGAUGGGGUCACAUGUGAUAACACCACUUCUCAUGUCAUUGGCCUCCACCUCAGCUGUAACUGCCUAUAUGGUACCAUCCAUCCAAACAGCAGCCUCUUCAAUCUUGUUCACCUUCAACACCUCGACCUUUCUUGGAACAACUUCAAUCACUCUCAAAUUUUACCUUCAUUUGGCCGUUUCACAAAUUUGACCCAUCUUCACCUCAUUUCCUCCCAUCUUUCUGGCCCAAUACAAUCAUCAUCAUCAUCAGAAGUCUGGCAAGGGAAUAACUUCUCCAAUAGCAUUUUCCACUUACAGAAAUUGCAAGUGCUGUGGUUGUACGGUAACACAGGACUCACAGGUAAACUUCCAAGUUUUAUUAAUGGAACUCUCCGGCACCUUAGGUCGUUGUCUCUCUCUGAAAUAGAUUUCACCGGAGAGCUACCUAAUUCCAUCGGCCAACUUGAGUACUUGGAGGAGCUAUACCUCUUUGGCUGCAAUCUCUUCGGUACCAUUCCGACAUCGCUUGGAAACCUCAAGAAACUAAGAAUGUUAGCUCUUGGAGGGAAUAACUUCAACAAUGGUCAAUUCCCAUCUUCAAUCGGCCAUCUUAAAAACUUGGAGGAGCUAUACCUCCAGAGCUGCAAUUUCUUUGGUACCAUUCCGACAUCGCUUGGAAACCUCAAGAAACUAAGAAUAUUAUAUUUUCCAGGGAAUAACUUGAUCAAUGGUCAAUUGCCAUCUUCAAUCGGCCAUCUUAAAAACUUGGAGGAGCUAGACCUCAGUGACUGCAAUUUCUCUGGUACGAUUCCGAGAUCGCUUACAAACCUCACGCGAUUAAUUUCGCUUGAUCUUUCACACAACAAUUUUGAAGGCCCAAUUCCUCAACUUUUUUCCAACUUCUUGCAACGUCAAUCUAUAGAUUUCUCAAACAAUCAACUAACAGGUCCCAUUCCAUCAUCAAUAACUGGCCUUCCAAAUCUACGCUAUCUAUAUUUAGGCAGUAACUCAAUCAAUGGGACAAUACCUGCUUCCUUGUUUCAUAUUGUUAACCUUACCUGUCUUGAUCUUUCGUCAAAUAAUUUAAGCGACACUGUUGAGCUGGACACGUUUGCAAAGAUUGAAUAUUUGAAUUAUUUGGAUCUUUCAAACAGUGGUCUAUCAUUGACCUCCACCAACUCCACUCCCUCCUCUUUCCGAAACAUUACGACAUUACGAUUGUCGUCUUGCAACAUAAAUAAAAUUCCUGAAUUUCUGAAAACCCGAAUGGAAUUGUUGGAGGCGCUAGACCUUUCGAACAACCACCUUGAUGAAGAACUCAAUCCACUCUGCAAUCUUCAUUCUCUUAGAUAUCUCGAUCUGUCCAAUAACCAAUUUGGCGGAUUAAUCCCUACCUGUUUGGGGAACUUCAGUGGAACAUUAACCGUGUUAAAUUUGCAAAGUAACAAUUUCCAUGGUACCAUCCCUCAAACAUUUGGAUACACAAGCAUGUUACAGGAACUUGACAUUAGCCACAAUGGAUUGCAAGGGGUGCUUCCAAGAUCAUUGGCGAAUUGCACGAACCUAGAAAUUUUGAAUCUGGGUCAUAAUUUCAUAGAAGAUGCUUUUCCAUUUUGGUUGGCGAACCUGCCCCAAUUGAAGAUUAUUGUCUUGCCAGAUAAUAAAUUCCAUGGUCCCAUACCAAGGAAGAGAUUAGCCUUCACCAAUUUACAUAUCAUUGACAUGUCUCACAAUGAAUUUACAGGCACUUUGCCAUUAGAAUACUUUGAGAGCAUGCAUUCAAUGAUGAUGGAUGAUGAAGACAAAUCCUCCUUAAAUUAUAUGCGUAAUGGUUAUGGUUAUUAUUCGGUAACUAUAAUGAAUAAAGGACUGGAAAUGGAACUCGUAAGGAUCAUCACCAUCUUAAAAGCUAUUGAUUUCUCGCACAACAAGUUUGAUGGAAAGAUUCCCAUAUCUAUUGGAAGACUCAAAGCCCUCCGUGUCCUAAAUUUUUCAAGAAAUGGCUUCACAGAUCCGAUUCCAUUGUCCUUGGUAAAUCUAAUUGAGCUUGAGUCCUUGGAUCUAUCCCAAAACAAACUCUUUGGUGAGAUACCUCAACAACUAACAAGCUUGACAUUCCUUGAAGUUUUUGAUGUCUCGCAAAAUAAUCUAACUGGGAUUAUACCACGAGGCCAGCAGUUUGAAACAUUUUCAAACACUUCAUACAGGGGAAAUGCAGACUUGUGUGGUUUUCCGUUGUCAAAGAAAUGUAAGACUCCCAAGGUAGCAGAACCACCAUCUUUACCAUCCUCUUCAAGCCACAAUUAUAAAUGCAGACUUGAUGGUUUUGGAUGGGAAGCGGUGUUGAUGGGAUAUGGAUGUGGAGCAGUAUUUGGUUUGGUGAUAGGAAGUUGCAUCAUUCGAAGGAAAGAAGAAUGGCUUGCGAGAAUUUUUAAAGUGAAAAUGCGUCAUCAGAAGAACAAAUCGAAUGAGGUUAGGUACCAACAUGGAGCAAGAUGA